AUGUCAUCUGAGUAUCAUUACUUGUUCUCCCACGUCUCCAAGACAGAUACCGUUCAUGAAUCCGCAAUUAAAUACCGCGACUUACGUCUCAGAGCGCUAAAGGCAUCUCCAGAGUCCUUCUCUUCCACAUACGAAAUUGAAUCUCAAUUCACAGAGACUCAAUGGAUGGAUCGCCUCCUCCAAGACGAUAGAGAGAACUUCGUCUGCAUCGCAACCCCAAUCAACCCUGACACAUCUUCCGCGGCACAAUGGAUAGGACAAGUGACCUUGAGAGGUCCAUUCAGCAGAAAAGAUUUCACUCUUCCCGAGGUUUCCGGUCAACCGAUGCCCGGCGGGGACGACGAGGAAGAUCGUUGGCAGAUGCUCAGCCUGUUCAUUCUGCCGGAACAUCAAGGACGGAAACUUGGACAAGGUCUAUGCCGGGAGGUUAUUAGACACUUGCAAGAAACUCAAAAAAAGGCUAGAACCGUCGUGAGAUUGAUGGUCAAGCCUCAAAACACCGCUACGGUUCACUUGUAUGAAAAGCUUGGUUUCGAAAUCGUCGGGAAAUGCACAUUGGCUGAGGCUCUUGUCGCGAACGGAGAUGGUCAUCUGCUCCCAGAAGAUAUUACAGACGCCAGGUACUCAACUAGAGCAGGCCUGGUCAUGAUCUAUACUAUCUCAAAGGCUGCCUAG